UGUAGGCCCCAUUUUAUGCUCUCAGACUUCAAGCUGUUGCAAAAGGGUUUCAUAUGCUCUGUUGUCAUUCAAAGGCUUCAGCACCGCCUGAAGCAUAGGGCUGCCUUCACGAGGGGGUGGUGGUGGGGGGGAAUCUCUACUUAAAAGGUGCCCUGUGUUGGCAGCUCUUUUAAAUCCCUUCUCAGCUGCCACAGUGGGCAAUGGCUGCCGCCGAGGUGCCAGCUUACUUGCUCUCCUCGCAGAGCGAGAAGCACAGGAGGGCCCGCAACUGGACGGACGCCGAGAUGAGGGGCCUCAUGUUGGUCUGGGAAGAAUUCUUCGAGGAGCUGAAGCAAACUAAGCGCAACGCCAAAGUUUACGAGCGCAUGGCCAACAAGCUGUUCGAAAUGACCGGGGAGCAGCGCCACGGGGAGGAGAUCAAAAUCAAAAUCACCAACAUGACUUUUCAGUACAGGAAGCUGAAGUGUAUGACGGAUGGUGAAGCUAUUCCCCCUGACUGGCCCUAUUUUAAAACCAUUGAUCGGAUCCUGUCCAAACUGCCAGAACCGACAGAUGGGAAGUUGCAGCCUGGGCCUUCCACAUCUCAGACGGAGGCCUCACAAUCUCCUUCUGUCAAAUCUACACCCCUCUACCUGCCCUACAACCAGUUCACAUAUGACGAGGCCUGUUUCCAGGAUGACAAUUCAGAGAGUUCCACAAGUCUGCAUUCAUUUAAGCUCAGGUCUGGUGAGAGGUCCUUGAAGAAAAGGAAAGUGCACAGUUGUAGCUUUCAGAAGAAGAAGUUGAGGAUCAUGGAGAACAUGUUGGAGGAACAGAAGCGAUUAAGCCGGGCAAUGGAGGAAACCUGCCGGGAAGUAAGACGGAUCCUAGACCAACAGAACAUCAUCCAAGUACAGAGCUUGCAGCUCCAGGAAAGGAUGAUGAACCUCCUGGAGAAGAUGGUCUCCAAAUCUGCACCUUAACUGGCUUCACAUACUGGUGUUGUACAUCUGCAGCUCCCUAUGGACAAGCUGCAUUCCAUCCUGUCCUUGUGGCUUCCAUU